AUGGUCAACAACGGAUAUUCUUGCCAGCAAGACAACUUUCGCUUCACCCCAUUUCAAUCUGAAUAUCGCCCCCCGUACGCUUCACCGGAUUCUCGGAGUGGUAAGCCCAAUUGGCCCCCCACUCCUAAUGCCCAUGGUGCGAUGACAGGUGCUGACGAUGAAGUGACAGAUGAAUCCAACACGAACAGAAAGAGAAUUGCUGUUGCGUGUGGACGUUGCCGAAAGAGAAAGAUCCGUUGCUCAGGCGAUAAUGGCACUGGAGAGCCUUGCUUGAACUGCAGGAAUGCCGGUACAUCUCCUUGUCAAUUUCUUCGAGUGUCGUCGCUUGAAACCAAUCUUAAGGACAGUGGACGUCCCUCCCAGGUCCUCCCUUACGAGGGAUACUCUAGGUCAUACCCCGGAUGCGCUGAAGAAGCGCGGGCUAGACUGGCUGCACAAUCUACCGCCCCUCUUCCCUCCAUGUACCAAGAGACUGGGUCUCCAUCCUGGGCCCAGGACCCAUUCUCCUCGACCACCUAUAAAUCUGGACAAGGUAGUCCAGAGAAGCCAUACUCAUGGACCACUGGCACCUAUUAUUGUCAACUGCCCGAGGCUGAUGCCUCAUCUCCCGACACCUUUGGCAAUAUGUAUGCCCAGGUGCAGGAUGCACGCUGCCAACUGGUCCCGCAUGACAUGGCUCCUAUGAAGCACUUCAGUUAUCUCAACUCCGACCCUGGGUCAUACACCUUCACUCCACAGCCGACCACCGCCAUGUCUACUACAGCCGCUAUGGUUGACAGAAGCCCGGGUGCAUCGGGAAGUAGCUAUCCCCUGAACACAAUCCCUCAUGGUCUGCUGCCGUCACUUAUGACGGAAAAGCUUCACCUGCAUGACACCGCCUCCAGCAAUGACCAGGGUUUGGGGAGCAAGUCAAGCCCUUCUUCAACCAGCUCGCUCCAGCCUUUGACCCCCUCUACUAGUUAUGGUAGCUACACCACCUCUCCAGGAUCUGCCUACUCCGGUAUGAUCCCUACUACUCAGGGAGAAUCUGCUCAUACCUAUAAUGGGUUGGUUGGCACGGCGGCCCCUCUACCUACGCAGUUUCCGCAUCCACCUACUAGCACCUAUGUCUACACUGACAUGAGCGCUCAGGCAGCAGCUCUUGCUGCUUCUAGUCAGCGAGUGGCCCAGGCUGGUUCAUCUCCUGUUUCACAGUUUCAGGCUCAGCAGAGCUUGUAUCCUGAUGGUCUGUCUGAGGUUGAGCGCAAGCCUCCUACUAUGAACUAG